AUGAAUUCUCAGCCACAAAACCCGGCUUCCGACAACGGCUCGUCAGCGUGGCCGAGAAGAGCUUCCAAAGCUUGUGCGAGUUGCAGGCGUGAUAAGAUUAGUGCAAAGACGGCUGCGAACCCUGUCGACGCGCUCGCGUUCGGUGUGAAGACGGCAAGCCUUGUCAGCGAUGCAGACAACUUCAUAUCGAAUGUACGGAGGAAUCUACCAUCGCUCUUCCUCGGCAAGAAGUGGCUACAUCAACGAUUUCAUCUCGGAUCGUUCGUGGUGGCUCCGACAGAGCGAAACUCGCAUGUGCAAACUGCCGGAGAGACAACAAAAAGUGCGAUGAUCAACGCCCGUGCUCAAGAUGUAUCGCCCGCUCCGAAGAAUGUAUCCACGUCACACGAGGGCCGAAACUCGUUAAGCUACGUUGCGAGGGGUGCAGAGCGGAUAACAAGCGGUGCGAGGAUUCCAGACCUUGUAAAUUUUGCGUGGAAGGCGAGAAGGAAUGUAUUGCUGUUCCUCGGAAGGGAAGGGGGCAUGGAACCCGUGUUAAAGCCGCAUGUAUAAGUUGCAGGCACGAUAAGAUACGCUGCGAUGGGGUUAGACCUUGUAGUUCCUGCGUAAGGAAAGGGUGCGAGUGCAUCGAGCGUGCAUGUAAAACAUGUUCACGGGAUGGCAAAGGCUCUGAAUGUACUCAUCGGAAACCAGGGAUACCUGACGCAGGAGGCCACCGGUAAAAGUUACCUAUUUGGAACGGCCAAAGGGAAGGAGAAGUGUUCCCGAUACUACAGGGUAUGCGAGUUUGUCACCUUGUCAACCAUCCCAGACUUACAAGUUACCCCUGCCAGCGACCCAGAAACUGAUUUCACUGGCAAUCAGCGUGAAGCAGGCGCAUCCCAUAAGCCCCUCUUCAAGGCACCGGAGGGCAAAAUGAAAAAGAUAGACUUUAGGGAUAUCAAACUCCCUGGACCCUCUCCUAAGCGCGUUCGACGCGACUCUGAGGAGCCUGAGGGACCCAAGUCAGUUCAGGCGAACAAUCACACACACAAACGUUCCUCCUCGUCGACCACCUCACUGAACCGCGUCAUUCAGCAAGUCGCAGCGUCUCCUUCUACCAACAAGAAGCGAUCCGCUCUUGGGUCGGAAAACGCGAAAUCUCUUUCUAGGGCGUCGGUGGCUUCCCUCGCUGCAGAAGACAAUAUAUCCGUCACGGACUCACUGGCAGAUUCAGUGGCGGAGUCGAUCCGUGGCACAACUCGAAUCCGGCGAACUGAGGCGGAACGUCGCCAAUAUUUUGAGAAUCAACCGGAAUGCGCGAACAUAUCUCCCUACGAGGUUACAUGUACCAGAUGCGACAAAGUUCUCAAGCUUGACCGUAGAAGACCCUACCAUGUCCAGCGCUGGGAAAAACACAGGCUUACCUGCGAUCUCAAACCACUCAGGUAUUUAAAAACCCGCAGCCCUGUGGAACAAGUGCCCAGCAGCCGCGUCGCCGCUGCAGAACGGAAAUUGCGCCUUGUUAAUGAUCCACAAGCGAAAUCAUACCAAGCACAUGAUGUAGAAUGCGCCGUCUGUGGCGUCAGAGUCAAUCUGAAAGGCGACGGGCAAUACAAUCUGACAAGUUGGGAGGAGCAUAAAGAUCGCUGCAAAUAUUCUCCGUUACCUGGAACGGAAAACGUCAUCCCUUUCCCUAUUAAAUCAACAGAGCCAUCACCAUCGACUUUGGUUGACGCCGCAUUUCGUGCGACAGGUAGAGAAAGUUCUCCGUCAAACUUACACGGUGUCAAAAGGCCACGAGAAGAACCGGCACUUGUUCCCGACGAGGAUUUGAGGCCCCACAAUCGUCCGCGACAUGACACCUACGCGCCUCCUCAGGAGGAGGCGCCUACCGCCAUGGGUUGGUUCUUGCUCCCUGUAAAGGCCUUCAUACGCGGGUUCCGGGAGAGUUUGAAGGGUGAUUCUUCAUGAUGUCUUCGAUAUUCCUUGGUUGUACACUUCUUUAUCAGAGUUCUCGGUUUUCUCUAAUUUCAACAGCUCCAACUAAUAAAUUUUGAAUUACAUGGU